AUGAAGACUGGAACGUUCAGGAUCCAGUCUUUGUGGGCUGUGCUUAGAAGUGUUUACACUGUGGACUUUGGAACUGAACUUAGCUCCGAUAAGAGUUGCAGACGUGCAGCCAUGAUGUUGAAGAAGUGGCUUUUGCUGGUGCUGUGGGUUCACAUGAGCUGCUGGAGCUCAGGAUCCUGUGGGAAGGUGCUGGUCUGGCCCACCGAUGCCAGUCACUGGCUCAACAUAAAACUGGUGCUGGAGGAACUCUCCCUUCGGGGCCACGAUGUGACUGUGCUGGCGCCUUCAGCAAGUUUACUCAUCGAUUACAAUGAGUCCUCUUCCCCAUUUGACUUUGAGGUCCUGCCGGUGCCCUUUACCAGGGAGACCAAGGCGGCCCUGUUGGAGGACUUCCUGCACCUGUGGAUGUACGAGCUUCCCCAUCUGUCCUACUGGGAGCUCAUGUUGAAAAUGAAAGAAUUCAUGGCAGUCUCUAUCAAGAUGUUCAAGCAGACCUGUGACAGUGUCGUGCUGAACCCCAGGCUGAUAGCAAAGCUCCGGCAAGCAGGGUUUGAUGUGCUAAUCUCAGACCCUCUUUCUCCGGGCGGUGAGCUGGUAGCAGAGUUGCUUGAAAUCCCUUUUGUCUAUACUUUCCGGUUCUCUGAAGGGAACACAAUGGAGCGGCUGUGUGGGGGGCUUCCAGCCCCUCCUUCAUAUGUACCUGCCAGCACGGGGGGACUGACGGACAGGAUGUCCUUCACAGAGAAGAUAACAAACUUGCUGCUUUAUAUUUACCAUGAUGUGUUUUUCCUGCAUUUCUGGGUGGAUGAGUGGAAUCAGUAUUACAGUGAUGUAUUAGGAAGGCCCACGACGCUGUGUGAAACAAUGGGCAAAGCAGAGAUGUGGCUGAUCCGAACGUACUGGGACUUUGAAUUCCCUCGCCCUUUCCUGCCUAACUUUGAGUUUGUCGGGGGACUCCACUGCAAGCCUGCAAAGCCUUUACCUGAGGAAAUGGAAGAGUUUGUCCAGAGUUCAAGGGAACAUGGUAUCGUGGUGUUUUCUCUUGGCUCGAUGGUUUACAACUUAACCGAGGAGAAAAGUAACAUGGUUGCCUUGGCCCUCAGCCAGAUUCCACAAAAGGUCCUUUGGAGGUACAAAGGGAAGAAACCAGAAACGUUAGGACCCAACACUAGGAUUUAUGACUGGAUACCCCAGAAUGACCUGCUUGGCCACCCCAAGACCAAAGCCUUUAUUACUCACGGUGGAACCAACGGGAUCUAUGAAGCGAUCUACCAUGGGAUUCCCAUGGUUGGGAUUCCCAUGUUCGCUGACCAGCCGGAUAACAUUGCUCACAUGAAGGCGAAAGGGAUGGCAGUCGAACUGGAUUUUAACACAAUGCAAACCCAGGAUUUAAUCGAUGCAUUGAAUAUGGUCAUUAACAACUCCAGCUAUAAAGAAAAUGCAGUGAGGUUAUCCGAGAUUCACCACGACCAGCCCAUAAAGCCUCUGGACCGAGCUGUCUUCUGGAUCGAAUUUGUCAUGCGCCACAAAGGGGCAAAGCACUUGAGACCAGCAGCUCACGAGCUCACCUGGUACCAGUAUCACUGCCUGGACGUCCUGGCAUUCUUGCUCGUCUGCGCAGCAGCUGCUGUUUUCAUUGCUGUCAGGUGCUGCUUGUUUUGCUGUAAGAAAUGUGGUAGGAUUGUAAAGAAAAAGAAAACGGAGUAG